AUGGCUGCGAGUAAGAUGAAGUUAGAGCUGACUCGGGUGCUUCACGGAGGAAGCCGCCUGGGUGUUCUGAAGGGGCUCGGUAAGACCGGGCAGCACUCCCUGGAGGUCCCUGGAUGUCUGCUGUACACACACUGUGGCACAGUGCCUCACCUCACCCGGGAGACCCUGCACAGUCUGGACGAGCUGCCCUCUGUCACCCAGGUCACCCUGUCGGACCUGGCAGAGCACCAGGAAGUGUUGGCGGAUUUUAAGGAAGGAUUUAAGAAAUUUUCAGGUCUUUAUGACACAGUGUUGUACUGCUCGCUGCACGACCCCGCGACCCCCUGCCCCACGGGUUACACCACUAACAAGACUGUGUCUGUUUGGGGCAGCGGCGGACGCAUCGAGCUGACGGUGGCAAAGUUCAUGGCCCUGCAGAGGCACGUGCAGCCCGACUGGUACCUGAGCAUGGCGGACGGCGAGACCUGGCAGGACAACACCUCCCGCAAGAGGGUACGCAAGGCUGUGGACCGGACCCUCGCCCACUUGGACGAGUGCCUGCGGGUGCAGCAAACAUUGCAGGAGCUGCGCGGAGCGGAGGUGUGGGGGGCGGUGCAGGGUGGAGACAUCCUGGAGGAGAGGCUGCGCUCCGCCAGGGAGACCGCCAAGAGACCCGUGGCCGGCUUCUGCCUGGAUGGCCUCCAGACGGGCCGCAUGGACCCGGCGCUGAGGAGCCAGAUCGUCACGGCGGUGAUAAAGGAGCUGCCCGAGGACAAACCCAGGCUGCUGCAAGGCGUCGGGCGACCUGACGAGGUGCUGGCGUGCGCAGAGGCCGGAGUGGACCUAUUUGAGGGCUUCUUCCCCUUCCAGGUGACUGAGCGAGGCUGCGCUCUGUGCUUCAGCUUUGAGACCCGCACCGACCCGGAGAGCACAGUGCUGGACGAGGAGCUGGCGGGGGACCCCCAGCAGAACGGAGACCACAACACAACGGACGAUCCAACACAGAUGACGUCCUUUGAGAUGGAUCUGAAAGACAAAAGGUACCGAGACGACUUCGGGCCCCUGGUCGAGGGGUGUGGUUGCUACUGCUGCCAGAACCACCAGAGGGCGUACCUGCACCACUUGUUGGUGACCAAUGAGCUGCUGGCGGGCGUCCUGCUCACCAUCCACAACAUGGCCCACUAUCUGGGCUUCUUCGCGGCCCUCAGAGGAGCGUUGGCCCGCAAUGAACUGGACCUCCUGAAAAGGCGCGUGCUCGCAUCGACUGGAACGAAAGCUUAAGGUGCACAAAUCAGACGAGACGGAUUGGGCCCGGAGGAGAGGUUUGGUCACGGAGCAGAUUGGCUUUACGGUGCAGAAGCAAUCAAAACUGUUUUUUUUUUCUUCUCGGUGGAUGCCUCGCCUUACGCUUGGCAGCCCUCUGGAUGGUCCAAACAAAGGACAGUCGCUGACGCCUUUCACUUUUUUGUUGUGCUGUGUCACGUCAGGAUGCCUCAUUGCGGCCCACGUAUCGAUUCCAGCAGACGGAAUGGGCGGCGCUUUGCACAGCCAUAGAAAUGUGAGGACGGAUGAGGGCCGACUAUUGACUCCUGCCAUAAGUGCUCUGAUUGCUGCUCGGCACGGGAUGAAUAUGUGUGUGUGCAGCGCAGACACUAGCUAUGAGCUAGGAAUAAUCAAAUCAUGGCCGUUUGCUAUACGCUACUUCCAGGGAAGUAGGAAGCCCAGGAGAAAGCCAGGACAUUUUGGUGCAGGUCCUCCAUCACUGAAUGACACUUGUGUUAAUGUGUAAGAAGGUGGGUGUCCCCAUCCGGGUGGGUGGGUCCACAUUAGCAUUCUAGGCCUUGGGGGAGGUCUGAGCUAUUCUGUACUAUGGGAUGUUUGUUUUUUUUUUCCAUAUAAAAUCUCCAACCAUGUGCUCUUGAUUUAUUGCUUUUUGUCUUCCAGCUGCCUUGGUUUCUUCUGUCAACGCCUCAUUGAUGCGCUAUGCCGUUUAAAUAGUUGACAGGUAAACCUUUUUGGGUUUAUUCUCUAAUCCGAUGGAGGUGAAGUGAAGGCUUGAGCUGACAGCUGAGAAAGGAUAAAGAUCAGAUAAAGACGGGGUCUCCAUCCAUGCAGGGAGGCUCUUUGAAGGUGAGAGGAUUUAAGUGAAUGAGUGUGGGUUGGCUCACAAGUCGUCUUCCUCGCUGUAACCAAACAUUUCUAUUUGCUCCCCUCCCCCCGAAACAGUCAUGGAAUUCUCAAGGAGGAGAAGUGGCACGGACCUCCAGACUCUUAUUUUUACAAUGUUAAAGACAGCGGAGAAGACGUCAAGUCAAUCCCUGCAGAUUAGUCGGUAAAAAUAGAACCAUACUGUCCUCCUUACCUGGAAUAGACGUGAUUGAUAUUCACAAGACGUCUGAGUGGAGCCCCCCCCACCGUGCUCGUACUCUACAUGCGUGUGCCACCUGAGUGCGUGCAGCGCAGGUUGCAAACCAUGGAGACUUUUGGCAUAAAAAGCAAAAGAUGUGUUCAUGUGUUGAUUCGCGAGCGGUCCUCGUAGUUCGUUUCAACCAAUUAGAAAGCUGGAGAAGCAUUUAGUCCAGCCCUUCCAAGUUAUUUGUUGUUCUUUUGUGUCCGGCUUCCUAUAUUUUUUUUAUCUGCAGCCAGAUGGCUAUCUGCCACGCCGCUCUCACAAAGCCACAGCGUUGGUGUGCGCCUGGUUGGAGGAAAUGAUGUGUGAGAUGGUGAUAUCGCCCCAUUGGUCGUCGUGUUUUUAUAUUAAAGAAAGCAGGGACGCACCAAGUGUUUACACAACGCAGUCGUGCCGUGUUUGCUUGGCCACUUGUUGCUAGGCAGAAUUCAUUGGACACGUUUUAUUUGAUUCAUUUGAAAAUAUUCUUCAUCAAAUUUAUCAGGUAUAUUUAUUUUAUUAGUGUUAAAUACAAUUCAUUGAAUAGUCACAUAUUUUUAAUUGCUUCUCUAUUAUAUAUGCAAUAUUAAUACAAUGAGUCAUAAAAUAUAUUGAGUAUUCUAUUCUAUGAUAUGAUAUUAUAUUGAGUAUUUAUAAACAGUAAUGUCAAAGGGUGUAUUUAUUAGAAUGAAAUCCAGUUCAUAUUUUGACAAUUUCCCAGUGGAACAAAAUAAAGAAAAGAAAACAUAUUCCAUUCACAAAAAUCUACUCAUUAAUUAUAAAAAAAUAUUAUGUUGAAUAUUUAACACUAUUUGAAAUAUUUUCACAAUUGUCUAUGAUGGAAAAUAUACUUAUGGGACAUAUUUAAUAUAUAUGUGCAUGUUCACGAUGUGCUCAUCUGUGUCUUAUAAUAUCUUCCUCCAUUUCACCUCGUGUCAUAGGACUGAAUGCCAUCAUACAGAUGACCCCCUGGUGACCCCUGUCUCCCGCGACGCCUGACCUCCCUGCUGGGCGGCUGCUGGCUAAAGAGGAGCGUAAACGUCUUAUUAAGUCCCUGAUGUCGUCACCUGAAAAUCAGGCCGGACGGAUGCCAAUGCUAAUGAAAAGAUGAAAAGGUUAGCGGGUCACUCCAAACAAGACUUGGCUUCCUGUGGGAAGAUGAAUGCCAACAUCCAAUUUCAGGGCAAUCUGCGUGUUUACAUCAGAGCACGCAGAGAGUGCACAUGGUUGACAUUUGGUCCCAAAGGUGCUGCGCCUUUAAUGGAACGUUCAGGCGUGGAGAAUUGAAAGAAGCCGCCGCUUAUUUGUUUUUUUUACCAAAGCUCCAUUGUCUGAUUGUUGUCGUGGAGCGUACUUUUGCAUAUAGAUUCUAUAGGUCGCUAACAUCCAGUAUAGCCUGCUAGCUAACAGCUGGACGGAUACACACAUUUCAUUUAGUUUACAUUUUAUUUUCUGUUUUUGAUGUCCGCAUUUCAAUGGAAGUGGCCAACAAAACAACAAAACAACAUGUGACAAGACUGCUGGUCUAAUUAAGCCUAUCAUCCAUAAUCUUUAUUGUCCUUUUCACACAUUUUCCUGUCACUCUUGUGCCAUUGUUAAUAUUUCCCCCGACCACGAAAUGUGCAAUCAUUUCUCAUUUCUUGUACAACAUUAUUCACGAGAUAAAUAAUACGACACGUGCAUAAAAAAACCGGCCGUGUCAAUUUUCCUGUCUUUCACCUCAAUUUCCUGUGUGGAGCUUUUAUUUUGUAUUUCCACUUCCUGUAAGACACCGUGGAGGGCGCCUUGACUAAAGUUUGAUGUGUAAUCAGUGUAGUAUUGACUUCAGCUGAGUCUUUCUGCGAGUGGCGGGAUCAUCGAUCACGUGUCUUUGCUUCGCUACUUCCGAUUCGUGCAAACCUGGCGCUUAAAGUUCCCCGUUAGCCUCAUGGUGACCGAGAGGUGACCAGCUACGUCGUCGUCGUCACCACGUCUGUCACCGCUGACUGUUGCCAACUCCUCAGUAA